ACAGACUAGCCCAUCCCUCUCCUCGGCCCUGCCCUUCCCCUCUUCGCCAAUUCAUUCCCCACGCAAAGCAAAGCCCUAACCCGCCGGAGCAGCAGCAGCAGCGACCGACCGGCGAGGCGCGGGACCGACGGCGGCCGGCGGUAAGAGCAGUUUUGAGCCAAGCACAUGUCCAAGGCACGCAAUGCUUUAGUUGCCACUGGCUUGUUGAUCUUUGCUGGUUCAGGCCUGGCGUUUCCCUUCUUUUUCGUCAAAUCGAAGAACAAACCUAUUAUUGAUUCGUCGAAGCCUCUGCCACCGCAGGCUACUUUCCGAGGACCGUAUGUGAACACCGGAUCACGCGACAUAGGGCCUGAUCCUACCGAGUACCCCAAGAAGUGAUGUUCCCUCGUGUUAUCUCUUAUGGGCAGAAAACCAUUGUAACCUGUAAUGCUGAUUUAUUAUUAGCGAGAUAAUCAUCUUGUGAUGUUGGGCAACGCAUUGCAGUGGUAGAUUAGUUCCUGGUAUUCUGUGCAGAAUGCUUCUAUAUAUAGUCCUUCAUGAUUCCUCCCAGCAUCAGUAUUUACGAUCUAAAGAUCUCAGCUAAUCUCUAGCGGCUCUAAAGUGUUCUUUGCUUGGAGAAUCCACAUGGAAUUGAGGUGGAAGAUGCAUGAGCGUCGACCGUACCACCGCUGUAAAGACUAUAUUAGCUUUGAAUAAUGUUGGGGCACAUGCUGACGUUGUUCUGAUUGGCUUAACUUUGA